ACGGCUCGCCCUCUCUCUCUCUCUCUCUCUCUCUUUCUCUCUCUCUCCCGUUAAAUCACACGGUAGGACACGCGAGCGGACGGAGACUGGCGGUGACAGCACCCGGGGCAAAGUGAAACAGCAGCAGAAAGCAUUGAAGAGGUCCCCACAUGAAAGACGCAGGGCUUCUUAAUCAACAUUUAUUUGACAGAGGAUGCCAAAGGACGCUUUGGACACGCUCACAUGUCCUUAACUACUUCAAACUAAAUCCAAGGAGCUAAAAAAAGACAAACAAAUAGCCAACCGCUGGCCCCAGCAAGAGGACAGAUUUUUAAGUAGAAUCACAGCUGGAGAGGGGGAGGGUUAUAUGGGUGCCGAAUCCCCAUCCAAGACACCUCGCAUCUCCUCGAUCUCCCUCAGCCGCCUCCCUCCUCCUCCUCCUCCUCCUCCUCCCUCUGUCCCAUCCUCUGCUCUUCACUCAUUCUCCCUCGUUCUCUCUCAUGGGAGUGACAUAGAGGCCGUCGUUUGGUCUGCUACCCCGCCCCUUCCCUGCCUCGUCGUGGAAACGGGGGCGUCCAGGUAGUAAUGUCGUGGAAGAGGAACUACUUUGCGUCAGGUGGCGGAGCGGCAGGCGGGGUGCAGGGGCUGGUGACCCCGAGGACCAUGACCUCUAUUGCACCCAGCAAAGGCCUGAGCAACGAGCCGGGACAGAACAGCUGCUUCCUCAACAGCGCUCUGCAGGUACUGUGGCAUCUCGACAUCUUCCGCAGAAGCUUCCGACAGUUGACCACACACAAGUGUAUGGAGGACUCGUGUAUCUUCUGCGCGUUGAAGAGUAUCUUUGCUCAGUUCCAGUUCAGCAGUGAGCGCGUGUUACCAUCAGAUGCACUGCGGAGCGCUUUGGCCAAGACUUUCCAAGACGAACAACGCUUUCAGCUGGGUAUCAUGGACGACGCUGCAGAGUGCUUUGAGAACCUCUUGAUGCGUAUCCACUUCCACAUCAGUGCCGAGAGCAGAGAGGACAUCUGCACGGCCAAACACUGCAUACCACACCAGAAGUUUGCCAUGACUCUGUUUGAACAGUGUGUGUGUACCAGCUGUGGAGCCACUUCAGACCCCUUGCCCUUCAUUCAGAUGGUUCAUUACAUCUCCACUACAUCCCUCUGUAACCAGGCGGUGAGGAUGCUGGAGUGCAGAGAGAAACCCACACCGGACAUGUUUGGAGAGCUGCUCCGCAAUGCCAGCAACAUGGGAGACCUGCGCAACUGUCCUAGUAACUGUGGGGAGGUGCUGCGUAUCCGCCGGGUGCUCAUGAACUCACCGGAGAUCGUUUCCAUCGGGCUGGUGUGGGAUUCAGACCACUCGGACCUGGCGGAGGACGUCAUACACAGCCUGGGGACCUGCCUGCGUCUGGGCGACUUGUUCUACCGUGUGACAGAGGAGAGGGCUCGCCAGGCGGAGCUCUACUUGGUGGGCAUGGUGUGCUACUACGGCAAGCACUACUCCACCUUCUUCUUCCAGACCAAGAUACGCAAGUGGAUGUACUUCGACGACGCCCACGUCAAAGAGAUUGGCCCAAAGUGGAAGGACGUGGUAUCCCGCUGUAUCAAAGGCCACUAUCAGCCCCUGCUGCUGCUCUAUGCUGACCCCCGUGGGACGCCGGUGAUACUGCAGGAGAGCCCCAACCCCUGUAGCAGCUCCAACCCGCAGCUGGAGCUCCAGCACUGCAGCAGCAGCAGCAAAGCCGGCUACGACAGCGAGGACUCCGGUCGGGAGCCAUCCAUAUCCAGUGAUACUCGUACCGACUCUUCAACAGACAGCUCCAGUCACAGAGCCUCCCGCGCAGACCCCCUCCACCAGUCUACGGGCAGCCACCUCUCCAGCGAAUCGCAGACCACUGUCGUCUGUAACUACGACAUCGGCACCCCGCCGCACAGUGCCGACGCCGGAGAGUCAGCGGUGGAGGGUCCUCCCCGUCCUCCCUCUCCUCCCCUGCCGGAGUACAAGGAGACGGCCGUCUUCCUCCUCUCGUCCCGCCGGCCGCUCACGUCCUCCUCCUCCUCCUCUCGGCCUCUGUCCUCCUCCUCGUCGUCAGGGGUGGGGGGCUGCGAGGGAGGAGCAGGAGGGCCCCACUGGGAGGAUGAGAGCACCAGCAGUGAGAGCAAGUCCAGUUCUUCUGGAGGCCGCUACAGGCCCACCUGGAGGCCCAGAAGAGAGGCCCUGAACAUCGACAGCAUCUUCACCCGACCGAGAGGCUCCUCUCUGGGCUACAGCACCCUGCCGGGUCCCUCUCUCCCUCCCGAGCCCCAGGACUCUCUUCCACCAGCAGGACCCGCUCCUGCACCCACACAGCCUGGGUUACAAGAGGCAGGAGGGAGGGGGGCUGGGGAGUUGGAGGCGGGGUUUGGGCUGGUCGGGCAGCCCAGGUCUCUUGGCAGCGGGCGGACAAUGGGUCCCCCUGCCCCUCCACCUCUGCGAGGGGUGGAGCACCAGCCGCGUCUGAUUCAGAGGAUGGAGAGUGGCUACGAGAGCAGCGAGAGGAACAGCAGCAGCCCUGACAGGGAGGUGGGGCAACAGAAACGGGUGCUGAUGUCAGGACCUUCGUGGCGUUCGGUUCCCAAAUCAAAGAGCAGCAGCGCCAUCCUGCAGGAGCUGCCCUCCCCGAGCUGGGUUGGCGGCACUAACUCAGGCUCAGGGCGCAGCGAGCUGGACGAGCUGCAGGAGGAGGUGGCGAGGAGAGCUCGUCAGCAGGAGCAGCAGAAGCGGAAGGAGGCGGAGCGGGAAGCAGCCAUGGGAUUUAACCCCAAACCCAGCAAAUACAUGGACCUGGACCAGCUCCAACACCAGGCUGUGCUCAGACCCCUGCAUGAGGCUAGCGCUCAUAGUGGAUUGGCUGUAGCUGCGUGCAUGAGGAGCACUGGGGGCCCAAUCAAACGCGGGCAGGAACAGGAAAUGGAACGGGAGACAGGAAGCGCCCGACCACAGGGUCCUCACAGUGAACAGCCUGGCCCGGUCCAAGUACUGCUGACGCCCAAUCAGGAGGAGGAAGAGGACCAGGCUACGCCCAACCAGGACGCUGCUCUGGGCCAGGACCCACCUCCUCCACCCUAUCGGCCCCCGCUCACCCUCAGCAUCCCUCACCCGUGCGCCCCUUCCUGCCAAGGAGAGGAGGAAGAGGAGGAGGAAGGUGGAUGCGUGGGAAGGAGAGGGGAGGAAGGCGAGGACCGGAAUGAGGGGACAGGGGUGAGGCUGUGCGAGCUGCUGCAGGCAGGGGGGGUGAGUGUCAGACCUCUGGGGAAGCACUUAGCCAUCUCUCUGCCGUCGCUUCCUCUACGUCUCUGGGAUACACACAUCACACAUGCCGCACACCACACACACCUAGAACCCACACACACACACCCUCCCCUCCCCACCUCCAAUCCUCCCCCAUCUGCCCCUCUGGAAGCCUCGGGGCAAAGAAAACCUCUUGCGCCUCUGUGGCAACCCCCCCAGCCCCAAUCCCCCUCGGGCGCCGCGCAGCAUUGGCCUCUGCAGGGAGCCGCCGCUGACAGCGGGACGCGCCAUUGGUCCUCCUGGAGUUUGGACCGUCCCGAUGCUGUGGUGACGCCGUAUGACACGCCCCCAGACCGCUGCGUCCCCAUCAGGCCGCAGACAUCCAGCCCGCACUACAGCUUCAGUUGCCAGUCCUCUCCCGGGCACUACAGCUCCCAGCAUGCCCCAGGGCAACACAGAGAUGCCUUCUGUGACCGGGAAGAGGCUGAGCUGUCGGAACUUGACUCUCUUUACCAGGCCAGUCUGCUGGCUGGAAGAACAGGUUGCAGCCCCUCAGAGAAGCUCAUAUCCAGGGUGGGAGGGCAGGGUCGCUCCAAGACCCCCAACGCAGACAUGGAGAGGAGCGUGUACGGGGCAGACUGCACCAGCACCCCCACCUACCUCAACAAGCCAAUGAUGUUGCGGGAUCUGCGUUUGGGGGCGGAGCCUGAUGAUGGGGAGAACCUGAGACGAAUUGGACGCAGCCUGAGUGGCACAGUAGUGACCCCGCGCCGCAGCCGCCUGACUGCAACCCGCAGCUUUGAGCUGUCUGGCGGUGCAGGGAGUUUCUGGCUGUGUUUGACAGGGGUCAAGCUCUCCUCUGACCAGAGUCCCGCUCUGCUUCACUAACAUCACCCCGUCCGGCUCAAAGAGGGGCCAGCGGCUAAGGGGUUCUCUUCAGCCCCGCUAUGACGGACCUGGAAUCAGGCCAGGAGGAUCAAACUAACCUCCAACCUGCUCCUCCUCCUCCUCCUCCUCCUCCUACUCAAACAACAUGCACACGCAAAAACAUGCACGCACACAUCUGCACUGACGUAGAGCCUCCCUCAGCGCCUGCAGCACCUUGCUUAGACCCUCCUUGCCUUCCUCCCUCCCUACCUACCUCCCUUCCUUUCCUUUGACCUACUAUUCUGUCUAUGCAGUCACUCUGACCCCAAACUACAACCUCAACCUUCCCCCCUUCUUCCCGGGACUGUUUCUCGUCUCCCCCUGAGGUUUCUGAGGGUUUCCCUUCUCUGACCAGGUCUGAUUUGGACCCGGAUAAUCCUGCAGACUCCUCCAGCAGGACCCUCAGCUCAGGGGAGAGGCUCUUAUUAAGUAGCCACGCCUCUUCCUCUUUCUUCACGGGCAUUUCUCGUUGGACGCACACGUAGCCGAACUGGGUCUAUUUCAGAUGGACAGCCAUAUUUUUUCUCUUCUUGUUUUUCUGGGUUUCUUUGUUUUCUUUCUCCUGUGUGCGCGCACAGUGAAAACCCGCCCGAGACCGAACUUUCUAUUAACUAAAAGUCAUGUACAGAAAAACUCAUGUAUGAAACCUGUAUGUUAAUUAAUAAGACCUUAUGGAAUGUUGAUAAUGAUAAUUAACGAAAUAUUGAUAAACUUUAAAGUGGUACUUCCUCAUGUCUGCAUUUCAAAUAGAAGUGGAGUGCACUUCACAAGUGUCUAGCUGGAGUUUCCGCCCCCCCACCCCCCACCCCCACCCCCCAAACCGCUCGCCGACCUAAUGACAGCUCUCCCGUUUCUACCGGGAGAUUAAACAAGAAAAGCGCUUCUUUUUUCUUGUUCCUUUCUUUCUUUCCUUCUGGCUCCCUUUGAUUCGCGCUUGCUUCAUUUUCUUCCGAAACAGGAAACAGUAGCACCAGAAAUAGGCCAACAAGGGGAGGAAAGUCUUGAAGGAAAAAUUGUAGGUUAGGAAACCGUUCUCUUAAACAGGGAACGACUCAAGUGCGCUUUGCAAGGGUACCUGAAAGAAGUGCACUUUUUGAAGGCUUUUGGACCGAAGAGCUGCAGGAGAGAUGUUGAUUGUGUUUGUUUACCUUAACGGCCUCAGGUGAACUUUAGUGGCACUUAUGAAUUCACACGUUUUACUUUCAAUGAAACUGGUUUGGAGACCUCAGUUGUGAAUAGAAAAUGCUCAUGUUCAGCCUGAGACAGUCCACUAUGAUUAUGCUUUAUAUGAUAUAUAUGUAUUAGAGGUAUAUUUUCAGCCAGGGAGCUACUUCUUCAGAGAUGUCAACCAUUCCUCAGUUGUAUGAACAGUUAUUAUAUAUUAAUGAACAAUAAUAACAUAUAUUACUUCCCCCUUUACUGAGGAGCGUUUUGACUUGUGUAGAGUAUGUUUACUAUAUGCUUUAUUCUAUGAAAUUAUACAAAAAAUAACAAAACUGGCCAAUGUAAAGUUCUCCAAGAAUUUACUGAUGUUGAUUGAUCGUUACUAAACCAAAGGUUGGCACUUAACUCAGAGAGGGUAUUUAAAGUUGCUGUUUAUACUUUCAUUUAUGUUCAGAUUUUGUUGGGUUUUUUUGUUUGUUUUUUUGGGGUUUCUGGAUGUGGGAGAAUGUAGCCAAUUGUAGCGCAUGAGUCCGCUAUGCAAAUCAACCUUCCCUCACGAUUUCCUGUAUCAGAGACAGUGCAGGAGGCAGACACAGCCACCCUCUGGCACUCUCAUGGACUCCGGCAGAGACUCGGAGAGAAGGAGGAGGAGAUCUCAUGUUUUAAUGCUGCUGGUGAACUUUGUUGUUCUGCAUCUACUACUAUGUUUUAACCAAUGGAAUGCAAAAAGAGAGCAACGAGGCUGGAGAAAAGAGGGAGAAAGAGAGCGAAUGAAUGUAGACCAAAGGAUGAAAGUGUGUGUUUGUGAAUGAUGUGAUGGUAGAGGAGACAGACAGAGGUGAGGAUUAACUUCAGAGGGCUCAUUGUUUGUGGGUGUUUGUAGACUGCGUGUCAACUCUGGGUGGUGUUGCUCGGGGAAAGAGGGAACCUGUAUUUUUGCAAUAAAGUUAUUACCAAUGCACUCCCACAGGGGGCGUAACCACCGUA